UGAAUAAAUUCUCAUACUCUUUACAAAAGAGAAGAAUAUUUGCAAAAUACGUGUUUCACUAAUGGCGCCCUUCAGGGAAUCUAUUGAAGCAGCAAAGUUGCCAGUAAAUAUUGUCAUAUUGGGCGGCUCUUCUGUGGGGAAGACCGCAGUCACCCUGCAGUUUAUAAACGAGAAGAAAGUCGAAGCAGGGAGUUGUCCACCCACAAUUGAAGCUUCCUUUUACAAGGAGUUGAGUCUGACAGAACUAUCAGAAAAAUGGGAUUCGGAAGCAAAAGAAGAAGGCGUGGAAUGCCUUUGGAAAAUGGACAUCAACUCUUCUGAUCAACAAAACUCUACGUUACUCCGUAAUGCACAAGGUAAACAUCCUAAACGAAAAAAUUCAAAUAACAAUGAAUUAGACACCAAUGAAUUCAAGACUAUGAUCAAAGUCACUGAUACUGCAAGUUUUAAACGAACGUACGCACCACGUAAAUCUUUGAGGCAACGGCUUGCCCAACGACUGACACCACGACGAAGGCCCCCAGUAUCGACGUUGAAAAGUCCCAUAACUAGAAGAUACAAGAAAAAUUUUGUAGAGUCGAACAAGUCCAUGAAUGUUGUACCUUCGUUCAUUUAUCGGAAGCAAGACGGGAAAUCUACAAUACACGAUGAAGCCAUUAGAGCUGCCGACGCAUUCAUUCUAGUUUAUUCAGUUCAAGACGGACGUUCUUUUGACACCGUGCAACAAAUUAGAGAUAAAAUUUUGUCCGUCAGAGGGCACCCUUGUGCUAGUAUGGAGAGGUCACAAUCACCCUCUCCGGACAACGGCAGGAAGAAAAGAGUUGACCCAUCUUAUCAUCUUGCGACAAACAGCAACAAACGAAUGACAGGAUUAGUUGGAGAGGAUUCUUUACCUCCAAUUGCAGUAGUUGGAACCCACAUUGAUGUGACUGCUCCUACUGCAUCCCCUUGGUCUGAAAGUCCAGUUAUGGAAAGAAAAGCGAGCAAUGAUCAUUUGCUGAGUUCUGCGUUUUCGUUUAGUCCUCGAAGUAAUGGUUCACGUAGGAGGAACGUAUUCCAAAAGCAAAUGUCUUUAGCGGCCGAAGUUCUAAAUCAAACUCAUAAAUCGCGAGGGACGCAAGUCUCUUCUGAAUAUGUUCGAGGAAUCGUUGGUUCUUGGCAAGAGUGUGUAGGCUUUGCUGAGGUUUCGAAUAAUAGUGUUGCCAGAUUACAUCGUGUUUUCCAACAUUUGACUACUCGUGUGAUACACAGAAGAACAUCGAAAGGAAAAAAUAAAUCUUUGCCGCAAACACCCAGAAAACGGUUGGACUCGGUGCUGAGCAUUCUACGCAGCAGCAGACAAUCUACUCCAGAUGGCAGUGAGUCGGGCAAAAAAUCGUGCUGGCAUUCUUGUUUUUGUUGAAAAUAAACAUGUUUCAUUUCAUUUUACUCGUUUUCGAGUCAUGUGACAUUUACACAAAAACAAAUAAGCGUUGUUUUUAUUUACACCAUCCGUUGCAUUUUUAUUUAUUUGUAAAUUGUCUUGUAAUGUUUCUUCCGUUGCCAUUCGCUGAUGCUCCUUUUCUAUUCUUUAUCUUCAAUAUUCUUUUACUACUGUAUUUGCUUUUUUUUCAAUCUUCUAUUAUAGUUAUCAUCCAUGUUUCUAUUUAUUUGCCGCAACUUCCUUCUCGUUGUAAAAUUCGUUUCCAGAAUAUUCUGACUGUUUUUUUUGGGGUGUAUACGGUGGGAAAGAAGGUAGAAUUAAAUAAUCAA